AUGAUCGAAUUACAUGAUUUAUCUCCUGAUGAAUCACUUGAUAGUACAGCUUCGUCGAAUACUGAUCGUUCAUCUUCAAUCAUUUCUUCAUCUCUUGGUCAAUGCUCAUCGACUAAUAUUAAAUAUAAUCCAUCAAAUAUUAAAAUGUUUUUAAAAGAACAACCAGAAAAAUACGUGCUUGUCGACAAUCACAAAGUGAAUUGUUCAAAACCAUCUCCCUGUUGGACUCGGUUUGCUCUUCCUGCUGUAAAAGAUGGAAAUAAUCACAAUGUUGUUAUUAAAAAUUUUGCAACAUGUCGUUCUUGUUAUUCAACUUAUGCAUUCACAUGUGGAUCAACAAAAUCAUUAAAUUCUCACAAAUGUGCCAAAGAAUCAUCAUCAAUAUCUACAUCACCUAGUACUAAAUCACCAUCUUUGAAUUUGAAAAUAAAUCGAUCUUUUUCUGAAAAGAAAAAGACGUUAACACCGUUAAUUGCACAAUGGGUAUCUCAAAGUAUGCGUCCUAUAAGUAUUGUUGAAGAUGAAGGUUUGUUAAAUAUUAUCAAACAAUGUCCAUUUAAUAAUAUAAAUGGUAAUGAUAUAUUACCAUCAAGACCGACAAUCACAAGAGAAAUUAAUCGACAAGCAAAUGAUAUUCGUGAACGUCUAGGUGUUAUAUUGAGAAAAGCAGCUAAACAAGAAUGUUUAGCUAUAAGUCCAGAUUUAUGGAGUGACAAAUUUAAACAAAACAGCUAUCUUGGACUAACUGCUCAUUUUGUUGAUGAUCAGCAUAUUUUACAUUCUAUUGAUCUUUGUUGUGAACCAUAUAAUGAAUUAGAUAAAACAGCAGGGAACGUAUUAAAAUCAAUUACAGCUGCUCUUUCUCGUUUUGGACUUGAUCAAUUAAUGAAUGAAAUAACUUUUGUUUGUGAUCGUGGUAGUAAUCUAUUAAAAGCAUUAGAAGAUUAUCAAGUGGUUCAUUGUUUUCCUCAUAGAAUGAAUAAUAUCUUAAAACGAACAUUUUAUAGUGCAGGUACUAGAGAAAAAAAACAGAGAAAACAAAAAAAAGAAUCAUUGAAAAAGAAUCGAAAUGAUGAUCAAUCCAAUUGGAAUAAUUCAAAUAAUGAUGAUGAUAAUGACUCUCUUAUGUAUUAUGAUGAUAGAGAUUCAAGUGAAAGUGAAUCUGAUGAUGAUAUUGUUCUUGAUGAGAAAUUUGUUGAAUUAGCUUUGAGAAGUUUAUCAUCAUCACCACCAGAACGUGAUCAUGUUAAUGUAUUCGAAAAAAAUCUACCACCUUAUGCUGCUCAAAUACUAGCAACAAUAGUUCGUUGUAAACAAUUAUGUUGUUAUGUUAAUUGGAAUCCUAUGCUAGAAGCAUUAAAAAAGCCAACGAUCAAACAAGAAAUAAUCGUUCGAUGGCUCACUAUGUCACAAUUGUUCGAAAGUAUACUGUCGUCAUAUUCAGCUUUAACAAGUAUUGCAAGUGAGAAGGGUGCCCUUCACACUCUUCCUACAAUUGAUGUAUCAACUGUAGCUACGAUUAAUGGUUUAUUCUUACCAUGGAAAGAGGUGAUUGAACGUGUACAAGCAACUAAUACACCAUCUCUCCAUAUUGUAGUUACAUCUUACUGGUAUCUUCUCGAAAGUCUCGUGGUGACGAAAGAUGAGGCAGCUGAUAAAGCAGCCAAAGGUGUUGUCUUUUUUAAAAGACGUGCACGACAAUUAUUAAAAGCAAUGUUCUCUUUGCACGAUCUGCAUUGGAUCGCUGCAGUACUUAAUCCACAUACAAGAAUGCUCAAACAUGCUACUGAUGUUGAACGUGCACAUGCAUAUUGUCUAGUGAGAGCUAGAAUAGUUAAAUUUAUGGAAGUAGCACAGAUUGAUAAUAAUGAAGAAGUACUAUCUUCAACAGCUACUAGUUUAACACCACCACCUCGCAAAAAGUUCAAGACCUACACAACACAAUUUCAUGAUGAUACAGGUUUAGGUGAAACAAGUAGUAAUAUGACAAUUGCAAAACGUGCUCGUCGUGAAUUGGAAAUCUAUUUACAACUGAAUUUAACUAAUUGUAAAUAUUUAAAUGAUGAUAUUGAUAAUCCACUAUUGUUCUGGAAAGAACAAGAACAUGUACUACCCAAUAUGUCAAGAUUAGCAAAACAGGUUUUUUCUAUCCCGGCAUCUUCAGCUGCAGUUGAACGUGCAUUCAGUUCAGCUGGUGUUAUCAUAUCACAGAGAAGAACCAAUAUCAAUCCAUCUACAGUCAAUGAUAUUAUACUUGUUCGAUCGGCUGCAGAUUAUUUGAAGACCCACAUAUAG